AGUACUAGUUGCGUUUCCUUCCAUUCCUCGUUGAGUGCUCCUGCUGCCAUUAACUUUGUGCAAGCAACACGUAAAGCUUCUUGUGCUGGCAGUUUGGAAGCGGCUUACCACGUUAAGCACCACAUAGCGGCCUAGUUGGUGUGCUGAGCAAAAAUAUCAAGAGCUGAUGGCUCGAUCGGCUGCCGGCAACCCCGAGCUUAAUAACUAUGUAGCGGAAGCUCUCCUGACAAGGAACCAGAGCUUUGAGGAGCUGAAAUCCCUGCUUCGAGAAUGCCGGAUUCGGGUGGAACAAGAGCCGGGCAACGAGGAGGCAGCGAUGCAGCUUAGCACCCUCAUCGGUGCAAUCGCGUCUAACGUAUCAGCGAUUCGGGAACGGAAGCACGAAACGUUGGUCUCAGAGGUCCUGGGCAUCAAGCUUUGGAAUGCUGCGCCGGCGGUCCUCUCCGCCGUGCUGGACUUCACACGCACCCUGGUCGUGGCCAACUCAGCCUUCACGCACACCUGCCUGCAGCUCAUCGUCUAUAGCUUCACACCACCGCCGGGGCCGCCCAAACCAGACGACCCCUCUCAGGAGCCGCUCGGCCCCUGGCGGCCCUCCGAACAAGCGCUAACCGUGCACCAGUCCCUGCUCUCUUCCCUCAGUCGCUUGCUGGGCCUGGUGCCCACCGCGCCCACCAACAUGCUGCCGCUCAUCGUGGCUCAGAUGCCGCACAAGCUGCGCGACCGCAACACGCAGUGCCUGUACCUGUCCGCGCUGUUCCGCAUUGCCGAGGACCGGUCGGGGGCGCCCAUCAGGGAGGCGCUGCUGACGGCGGUGGUGGAGCACCUGCUGUCGCUGGACGUGGAGAUCAAGUGGGAGGACAUUUCCGAUGUGCCCACGGGUGAGGAUGAGGACGAGGACGACGGCGCCAACGAGGACAUAUUCGAGCUGGAGGGCAUGCUGGCCAGUGAGCUGGACAUCAACGCGGACCCGGAGGAGCUGGCGCAGCGGCAGGCCAUGCUGGCCAUGCGGCACGGAGGGGACGGGCGCGGCGGCUGGGAGGGCGCGGCGGGCGGGCGGCAGCACCCGCAGCAGCAGCAGCAGGCCUCGACGUGCUCCCCGGUGGAUGAGAUGGCGAACAAGAUGGACAGCAUGAUGGAGCUGGCGUUCGAGCACCUGGGCAAGCGCAUCGCGGCAGGCGAGCUACGCCGGCUGUGGGACACGCUCCUGUCCGCCUUUGAGCGCACCGUCCUCAACACCCACCGCUCCAAGUUCACGCAGUUCCUCCUGUUUUACACCUGCAUGCACAACCCCACCGUCUGCCCCGCCAGUCUCAUCCGGCUACUGCUGCUGCGCCUGCGUGAUGCACGGCAGCCCCCCAUCACCCGCGCCGCAUGCGCUGCCUACCUGGCCUCCUUCCUAGCCCGCGCGGCCUUCCUGUCGGAGUCGCUGGUCGUGAAGACGCUGCAGGAACUCGCCGCGUUUUGCGUCAACUACUGCAACAGCCAGACAGGCAGCUUCGGCGCGGCCAGCUCAGCGGCCAGCGCGGGCCCGUCGGAGCUGUCCGAGUCGAUGCCGUACGCGGGCCUGAGCAGCGAGGGCGAGAUCUCCAUGACGCAGCGCCACCAGGUGCUCUACGCCGCGGUGCAGGCCGUCCUCUACGUCCUCUGCUACCACAUGCACACAAUCGUCGGCUCGCAGCAGCAGCCCCAGCCCCAGCAGCAGCCUCAGGCGGGAGCUCAUCAAGCGGCCUCAGCAGCGUCUGCGACUGGUGGCAACGAGCGGAAGCAGCUGGCAGACUCGCUGACCGCGAUGGUUCGAGGCCCCGUGUGGCAGGUGCUGAACCACCCGCAGCUGCGGCCGCUGGGGGUGUGCCUGCCGUCGGUGGCAGCGGAGUUUGUGCACCAGGCGUCCAGCCUGGGCCUCGUGGACUGCCGGCCGCUGUUGUCGCAAGUGGAGCCCGCCACGCGGUCGCAGCGGCCGCUGGAGAUGUUCUUUCCCUUUGACCCGUACCUGCUGCGGCGCUCCAGUCGCUUCCUGCAGCUGAAGAAGAGCUACGUAAAGUGGCGGCACGGGCACCCGCAGUCGGCGGCGGCGGCAGCGGCGGAGGCAGAGGCGGAGGCUGCUGAGAGCAGCGACGACGAGGAGGAGGAGGCUGCGGCCGAUCGCGUGGAAAGCGAAGAUGGCCAAGGAGAGGACCUGAGCGUCAGCAGCAGCGACGAGGAGAGCGAGGACGAGGCGGGACGCUCGGUGCAGUCGGACGCCAUGCUUCCCGAUCCCUCGCACCGCCUGCACGCGGGAGGCGGCAUGCGGCCACGACAACCACACGCAGCUGCACGCGGCAUAGCGGGCAUCGGAGGCGGCCACCAUCACCACCACCACCACGGGCGUGGACGCGGAGGGGCGGCCCUGCUGGGGACCUCGUACAUGUCGUAUGCGUCUGCCGAGACGGCUAGCCACGGGGAUGGGGCCACGUCGCCGUACGGCACCUCGCCGUACGAUGCUGGAGACAUGCUGGUUCAGAACCCACUUGGGGCAUCACCCGGGGUCGUACCCAUGUCGCUCGGGACACCAGAGAUGCACUACAUCUCGCAGGUCCCUAUGCGCAUAGGGCGACGGUGAAGCUUGGUGUUGUGUUGACACUUAGGAAAUUGCGACCAGCUGUUGAUACUGUAGGCGUGUAUGGGCAGGAGGAUUGCUGUUACUUCCAAUAAUUCUUUGC